UAAAAUAUGCAUAAGUGAAUUUAAGAAACUAACUGUAAUCAGCAAUUUUAAAUAAAUAUUUAAGUUAAAAAUUAUUAAGUGCUAACGUUAUUAUAAACAAAAAAAUAAAAUGUCCUCAAAAGUUGUGUCCACUUUAAUGGCCGAAAGUGUCUUACUGAGCAAGGCUGUGAAGUUAAUUUCAGGCUACUCGCCAGUAACGAUUUUCCUAGUUGCUGCAAUAACCAUGUUUUUGGUGAUCUAUAAUAAGAGACGUGCACGCAUGGUUAAGCUAAUCGAAAAAAUACCAGGUCCUGCGUCAAUGCCUUUCAUAGGAAAUUCAAUUGAAAUGAAUGUGGAUCAUGAUGAACUCUUUAUGCGUAUUACUGGAUCUCAAAAGUUAUGGGGAAAUCGUAUUGGCAUGAACAAAGCAUGGCAAGGUCCUACUCCUUAUGUGAUGUUAUUUGAUCCAGAGACUGUUGAACCAAUACUAAACAGUCAAAAGUUUAUUGAUAAAAGUCAUGAUUACGACUAUUUGCGUCCUUGGUUAGGUACAGGAUUGCUUACAAGUUUCGGCAGAAAAUGGCACUCCAGAAGAAAGAUUUUAACUCCAGCCUUUCACUUCAAAAUUUUGGAUGAUUUCAUUGAUGUUUUCAAUGAACAAAGCGCAAUAUUAAGCCGUAAAUUGGAAAAAGAACUUAACUCGAAAGCCUUCAACGUAUUUCCAUAUGUAACUUUAUGUACAUUAGAUAUUGUUUGUGAAACUGCUAUGGGCAGAAAUAUACAUGCGCAAAGUAACAGCGACUCGGACUAUGUUAAAGCCGUUUAUGGGUAA